GGCGUCACCAGGACAACGGGCGUCGCCGGCGCCGUGUGACUCCGGGCUGUGGGCGCGCUCGCGGCCAUGGUUUUCUCAAACAAUGAUGAUGGCCUUAUCAACAAAAAGUUACCCAAGGAGCUGCUCUUAAGAAUUUUCUCCUUCUUGGACAUAGUAACUCUUUGUCGAUGUGCACAGAUUUCCAAGGCAUGGAACAUCUUAGCCCUGGAUGGAAGCAACUGGCAGAGAAUAGACCUUUUUAACUUCCAAACAGAUGUAGAGGGCCGAGUUGUGGAAAACAUCUCCAAGAGGUGCGGUGGCUUCCUCAGGAAACUCAGCUUGCGGGGUUGCAUCGGCGUUGGGGACUCCUCCUUGAAGACCUUUGCACAGAACUGCCGAAACAUUGAACAUUUAAACCUCAAUGGCUGCACAAAAAUCACUGACAGAGUGUGCCUGCCUUUUUCCAGCACGUGUUACAGCCUUAGCAGAUUCUGUUCCAAGCUGAAACACCUGGAUCUCACGUCCUGCGUGUCUGUCACCAACAGCUCCUUAAAGGGGAUCAGCGAUGGUUGCCGGAACCUGGAGUAUCUGAACCUCUCCUGGUGCGACCAGAUCACGAAGGAAGGCAUUGAGGCACUGGUGCGGGGGUGCCGGGGCCUGAAAGCCCUUCUUCUGAGGGGUUGCACUCAGCUAGAGGACGAAGCUCUGAAACAUAUUCAGCACCACUGCCACGAGCUCGUCAGUCUCAACCUGCAGUCCUGCUCACGCAUCACUGAUGAGGGCGUGGUGCAGCUCUGCAGGGGCUGCCACCGGCUGCAGGCCUUGUGCCUCUCUGGUUGUAGCAAUCUCACGGAUGCAUCUCUCACGGCCCUGGGCCUGAACUGCCCCAGACUGCAGAUUUUGGAGGCUGCUCGAUGCUCCCAUUUGACUGAUGCAGGCUUUACACUUCUAGCUCGGAACUGUCAUGAGCUGGAGAAGAUGGACCUUGAAGAAUGUGUCCUGAUCACUGACAGCACCCUCAUCCAGCUCUCCAUCCACUGUCCCAAGCUACAAGCCCUGAGUUUGUCCCACUGUGAGCUCAUCACAGAUGAAGGGAUCCUACACCUGAGCAGCAGCACAUGUGGGCACGAGAGACUGCGGGUACUGGAGCUGGACAACUGCCUCCUUGUCACGGAUGCUUCACUGGAGCACCUGGAGAACUGCCGUGGCUUAGAGCGGCUGGAGCUGUACGACUGCCAGCAGGUCACCCGUGCAGGCAUCAAGCGCAUGCGGGGCUCAAGAUUUGGUUCUCAGCACCCACGGCGCAGUUUACAACCACCUGUAACUCCACUUCCAGAGGAUCGGACACCCUCUUCUGACUUCCUGGGCACUGUACACAUGUAAUUCACAGACAUUCAUGCAGGCAAAAUGCUCAUACACAUAAAAUAAAAAUAAAUAAAUCUUAGCCAGGUGGUGGUGGCGCACGCCUUUAAUCCCAGCACUCGGGAGGCAGAGGCAGGCAGACAUAUGUGAGUUCAAGGCCAGUUUGAUGUAUGAGAGCUAGUUCUAGAACAAGCACCAAAGCUACACAGAGAAACCCUGUCUCAAAAAAACUAAAUAAUAAAUAAAAAAUAAAUCUUAAAAAAAUUGAAGUUAUCAUGACAAGACUUCCAGGCAUAAGGGUAUAAUCACAUUUUAGAGAACAUUUAAAAGGAACAGAAUACAAAGGUGAGAACAAUAGAUGAUAGGAGUAAAAUUCAGUACUAAACAAAAGAAAUUUGAAAUGUCCAUGAUACCUCGAUUUUGUGGGCUACUUCCUCCAGAUUAAAAAUAGUUUUAAGUUUCAAUUUUUUUUUUUUUUUUUUUUUUUUUUUUUGGUUUGGCUUUGGCUUUUCAAGACAGGGCUUUUCUGUGUAACCCUAUCCUCAAACUAGCAGAGAUAAAUAAGUUUUAGUAGUUUCAGUUUAAGAAUUAUAAAUUCAGAUAUUCAGCAUGCCAUGAAAUGCUUCCCUUGCAUCUGUUCAAAUUAUAAUGAAACUUUUGGAUGCCAGUUUGAAAAUAAUCAACAGAAAAAAAUCAUCUUGUUCAAAGUUUUCUUAGCCAAGUGUUAAGAGCACUAACAUGAAGCCCAGAGCCUAAACUGAGGCCUCUCCAGGCAGAGCCCGCCCAUGUCUUAACAGCUACCCAGCAUGGACAUAGAUAGGGAAAGAAAAUAAAUCCCCAGUAUCCCUCACAUCUGACCAACUAUGGACCACUCAAAAGAAAGUAAAGUCACUGCAGAGACUGUUCCAAGACCACCACCUUUCAAAGCAGAAAAUGGCGUGACUGGUCAACUCUAGCAAUGGCCUUACUACAGAUUACAUUUAUUCCACAUGAAAAUACCUGUUGUUUUAAGAUAGAGCCCCUUUGGUCUUACUGAGUAUCACUUUCUCCUCAGUUCACACAGUGUGAAGUGCCCCUGCCUGUAACAGCACAUCUAACCAUGGGAACAUGGACUGCCACUCUACUCCAUGCAAGACCACCUUUCUCCUAAUAAAAAUAUUACAACCAAACAUACAUAUCUGCAUAACUCUUAAUAUUCAAAGCAACAUCUCCCCAAAUAUACCUUAGGAAUUACUGCCCGCUCUUUGAGAAAAUAGAGCUAUCUCCAAACAAGUUGGUGUGGCACAGGAGACCGCACGCUUACUCACCGUACACUCAUCUAGUUCAUAUUUACAAAUGUAGAUGCUUUUACUAUCACAAGAGGAGUAUUUAAUCUGGGGUUCUGUUUGUUUUGUGGAACUAAAGAGCAAACUCAGGAUCAUAAGUGAGCCGGGCAAGCACUGGAGCACACUAAUGGGUACCCACAGCCCAUGGUGCUGUUAACAGCAAGUGUAGUACUAUUGCUCAUGUUCCUGAAGGCCCUGCCAAUAGUCUCGACCUGUGCAAUUCCGGUUUCAGUGCACUGCAUAUGUAGUAUUUUCCCACUGAGAUUAAAGAAUGAGGACACACUGUCAUCUGCACACUGUGGCAGCCCAGGAGUAAGCCAAACAUCAACAAACAACAAAGGGUUUGUUAGACAUCAUCUCCUGGGAACUGGCAGAAGGGAAAAUUCAGUUUGGGACCCUGUCAUUCAGCACAUUUUAGAUUUUAUCAAGACUUCUGGAUAUAUAUCUUUAUAACUGAAAGUCCAAAACUUGCAAGAAAGGUUGCUCCCAGCCCCUUUACAGAUAUUUAGAGAUACACAAGUGCUGCAGCUAUGAUCUUGGUUAAGGGAUUCAUGAUCUGGAUCCUGCAUUUUGAAAACAGGUUUCCAGACUGUAGUCUAACCAACUCGAGAAGCAUCAUACCCAAACCAAAUGCAGCCAGGGGGCAGGCAACAAACUUAAGAAGAUGUGAAAUCCCAGGCGUGAACUGCUGACGUUUUGCAUAUUUUAGACUUAAGAAGCAGUAAGAAUUUACUACUGACUUCCUCAUCUUUGGAUUGGCUCUAGACUAAAGCAGAUUUACCUAUCAAUCACACCAGAACCAACUUCUUUAAAUUAGACAAAUUGCUUAUAACGCAAGUUAUAAAGGCAAGUGACUUAAGCUCCCAAGAUCCCCUCAAAAAAUGUACUAAGAACAUUUGUAGAUUUUCAGAAGAAUUAGGAGUUAAUAAAACAUAAAACUCGAGAGCAGACAUUUGGGGAAGGGAGCAUUUAGAGGGUCUGACUGUCUCCAAUUUAAACUAAAAUAGCCCAGUUAAAAAAAAUGCAGAGAAUCAGGCGUGGUGGCUGCAAUCCUAGUACUCGGCAGGCUGAGGCAGAAGGACAUGCCAACCUGAGCAACAUAGUGAGUUCUAGGCCAUGCUGAGCUAGUGUCUAAAAAAGAAUAAAAAAAUAAAUGAAUGAAUAAAUAAAAGAAAAUGCAGCAUGUGCUCCCAGUGCCCUGAGAUUCAAGCAUGCAUAAAGAAUCAUUUCAAUAUUGCUUUAAAAUGGAAAUGAUGUCCCUGUGAUAGUCCUUGUGACAUUGACCUUCAAAGUCCAUAAUUAAUCAUAGAGAAUUAUAAAAGUAAAAAUCCAUUUUUGGGACCCUAAUAAUACAAACAGUGCAAUAAUGAACAGAGUGCUCAAAACAGUUAUUUUAAGAAAUUCUUUAACAUUUCUCCUCAUAUUUAAUAAGGGUAUAUAAGCUGAUUUAAAUUUGAAAUCAGAACAAUCCUCUGUGGACUGCUGGACAGAGUUGUGUCAUAAAGACUUGCUAUAUUUAACCUGACAAAGCUCAAUCAAAACCUUCACUAUUUGUUCCAGAGGGUUCUGGGGUUAAGUGCAGCAAGGUCACCACUGUGGUCUGAAGCGUUACAUCACAAUGCAGGUGCCAAGAGGAAACACUAGACAAAGAUGGUUUUUACCAGUGCUGCCAAAGAGGCUUUUAAAAGCACAGACAGACACACAUUCUGAUAGUGCAUGCAGGGGACUGUGACACAGAGUACUGCACAUGUUAAUGUCAAGCUUGCUGCCAUCAUUUAACUAUCUAUAAAUUUUCUUAUUAGGUAAGUAUACACGUUAAAAAAAGCAAAACUUUUCUUAACUACAUAAAAAUGAUUUAAAAUUAGUCAAGUAAUUUCAAUUAUCCUGAAGGAGUUGUAUGUGUGAAGGGGAAGAAGGAAGGGGGAGGGGAAGGGAACAAGAGAACAAGUUGGAAAACAUAUCUCUGAGUGUCGUUCCCUCCAAAACCACCCAAUAUGGUCAACAUCGUUUAUGCUUUGUUUUAAAGUGUUAGAUUUAGGAAAUUUUCCUCAAUGAGGAACAAACAGAAAGCAGAAAGUCUAAACAAAAGCAAAUUAAAUCAAGACAUGGACAUAAAAACAAUUUUGGCUUUACUUUUCCAUGAAGUUGGUCCUAUAUCUAACACUGCACAAGGGUUCUUGCA